GCGGUUCAGAUCAGAGAGUUCGGGUACGGGCGAAGGACCAGUCGCAGCAGCAUGUCGGGCUUUGCUGAGCUCAGCUUCAACGUGGACCACGGCUACCUGGAGGGCCUCGUCCGCGGGUUCAAGGCCGGGAUCCUGAAACAGGUCGACUACCAGAACCUGUCCCAGUGCGAGACUCUGGAGGAUCUGAAGCUGCACCUGCAGAGCACAGACUACGGGAACUUCUUGUCCAAUGAGAGCGAAGAUCUGACUGUGUCGAUGAUUGACGACAAAAUGAAGGAGAGGCUGCUCGCGGAGUUCCGCUGCCUGCGUUCCCACUCUCUCCCACCUCUCUCUACCUUCCUCGACUACAUCACCUACGGCUACAUGAUCGACAACGUGGUCCUGCUGAUCACGGGGGCCCUGCGCCAGAGGCCCGCGUCCGAACUGCUGCCCCGCUGCCACCCGCUGGGCGGCUUCGAGCAGAUGGCCGCCGUCAGCAUCGCCCAGACCCCCGCCGAGCUCUACAACGCCAUCCUGGUGGACACGCCCCUCGCUCAGUUCUUCCAGGAAUCCCUGUCAGAAAUGAACCUGGAUGAGAUGAAUGCAGAGAUAAUGAGAAACAAACUCCACAAGUCGUACAUAGAGUCAUUCCACAAAUUCUGCAAAGAACAGGGAGGGGCCACAGAGGAAGUCAUGUGUCCCAUUCUGGAGUUCGAGGCAGACCGCCGAGCCUUCACCAUCACUGUGAACUCUUUCGGGACGGACCUGAGCCGGGAUGAGAGGCAGGGGCUGUUCCCCACCUGUGGAAGGCUCUACCCCGAGGGGCUCCGUAUGCUGGCCCGCGCCGAGGACCCGGACCAGGUCAAAGCCGUGGCCGACCACUACGCCGAAUACAAACUCAUAUUUGAAGGAGCAGAGCCAGGCUCCAACAACAAGACCUUGGAGGACAAGUUCUUUGAAUAUGAAGUAAAGCUGAACAUGCUGGCAUUUCUCAACCAGUUCCAGUUUGCUGUGUUCUAUGCCUAUGUCAAACUGAAAGAGCAGGAGACCAGGAACGUCGUAUGGAUUGCAGAAUGCAUUGCUCAGAGACAGAAGUCAAAGAUAGACAAUUACAUCCCAAUUUUCUGA